UGAAAACGCUACUUGGCAGCUGCAGAUGGAACAGUAUUUUUCUGCUCUGGAUGCGCACGACGAUUUCCUCAUUUUCAAAGGAGAAGAAUACAGGGGAAAAUGGAGAAAUUGCUGCAGCAGCAAUGGUGGAGGGCUGUGAAAUCACGCUUAUCUUACAAGAACGCUACGAUAGUUGUUUGCUUGUGCAAUGUAAUCACUGCUCUUCUAUUGCUCCAAGGUUUCUUCGGUUCUUCCUCUUCCAAAUUCGCUUCGCCUCAUAAAGCUCUAAACAGGUACAUAAAGGAAUCAGAAGACAUAAGACGCACCAUGAUUCCUCUGGAUCUGAUCAAAAGAGUUAGAGAAAUUAGACAGGAAGUAUACGUGGAAACAGAACAAAUCCAACAGAAAGAUGUAAAGCAGACAGCUGCAGUGGACUUGAUAUCUAGGCUGAAUAAUUUUCGUUCGAAUUCAGAUGCUGGCAGCAUGAAAGCCCUUGAGGAAUGGCGUAAACGGAAGAUGGAGAGAGCCAGGCAACGUUCCUUAGUGAAGAACGGAACAUCCAGCUCCCAAUCAUGAACGACUCUCUACAAAUCUCUGAUCGUCGAACAUCAUGACCAGAUAUUGUAUGUAUGUUUCAUGAAUAUUUGAUGAGUUAAAGAUCAUGUAAAUUAAGCAACUUUUAUCUGUGAUCAUCAUGUGCGAGCGAGCAUUCUUUACACCUCCAUAUUCGAGUGAUGGUAUGCUUUAUAA